GGCGGGAACCGUUGGGCUUGGCGCUUCCUGCUACAGUCCCUUCCGUAUACCGAAGCCGCCCGGUCCGAUUUGAGAUGGAGGGAGGCGAGGGCUCGGGGCCGCCUGGGCCAGCAGAGCGCUCCCAUCGCAGCAGUGUGUCCUCCGUGGGAGCCCGAGCAGCUGAUGUGCUUGUGUACCUCAUGGACGACACAGUGGUGCCCCUGGCUGUGGAGAAUGUGGCCUCCAUCACUGCCCAGGACCUUCACCGCACCAUCCGUGAGGCCCUGCAGCUCCCCGACAUCGCCGUGGAGGCCUUUGCCCUCUGGCUUAUCUCGCCCUUGCUUGAGGUGCAGCUGAAACCCAAACACCAGCCGUACAAGGUGUGCCGCCAGUGGCCGGACCUGCUGUUUCGCUUCACGGACGCCCCAGAGGAUGACAUGGCUGUGGAUGAGCCUUCGCUACAGUUCCGAAGGAAUGUCUUUUUCCCAAAGCGGAAGGAGUUGCAGGUCAACAAUGAGGACGUCUUGAGGCUGUUGUAUGAAGAGGCCAAGUUCAAUGUGUUGGAGGUGCGCUAUCCCUGUGACGUGGAGGACUGUGAGAAACUCGGGGCCCUGGUGUGCCGUCUGGAACUGGGGCCUUACCGCCAAGGCCAGCAGACGGCCUGUGCCGUGAAAGAGAAGCUUGACUCCUUCCUGCCUGCCCAUCUCUGCAAGAGGCCUCACAGCCUCUUCACAGCCUUCCGGAGCCGGGGACCCCGGCUGGUGCCCGGGGAGCAGGGCCUGUUGAGUGCCUACCAGGAGGUGAAGGAAGAGGCGGCGUGCCCAGAGGCUGAGCUGCUCACCAGGCAUUACCGGGCCUACCUGCUCAAGUGCCACGAGCUGCCCUAUUAUGGGUGCGCGUUUUUCUGCGGUGAGGUUGACAAACCAGCCCAGGGCUUCCUGCAUCGGGGUGGGCGCAAGGCCGUGACUGUGGCCAUCAACCUGGAGGGCGUCCACGUCAUCGAUACCAAGGAGAAGCAUGUCCUCCUGGGCCUGCGCUUCCAAGAGCUGUCCUGGGACUACACCUGCUCGGGCGACGAUGAGCCCAUCCUAUGGCUGGAGUUCGACGGGGAGAGUGAGGGCAUGCCCGUGAACAAGCUCCUGAAAGUCUACUCCAAGCAGGCAGAGCUGAUGAGCGGCCUCAUCGAGUACUGCAUCGAGCUGAGCCUAGCCAAGGAGCCUGCCCUGGCCCAGGAAGCAAAGGCCAGCCCCGCCGCCGGCCCCCAGCCACCCACCGCCUCUCAGCGCCACAAGCUCCGGAGGCAGAGCAGUGUGGUCUGCAGCCGGAUCCAGCACCUGGCCACCAUCGAUUAUGUGGAUGACGGCAAGGAGAUCAAGCGAGUGAAACCCAAACGCACAACUUCCUUCUUCAGUCGCCAGCUGUCCCUGGGCCCAGCAGCAUAUGCUGCAGUCCAGCCCACGGACAGCCUAGAGCAGGGCUGAAGGGGAGAGAGAACUGAGCACCCUGCCUGAAGCGAAGCCAGCACUGUGUUUGGGGCCCGGCUCCUGUCUGUCCCACCCUUGACUGGGGAAGGCCAAGAGACGCACGGACGGCCCCACGCUCUGCUAAGUUAUUCCUCUAAUUUAUGUAUGUGAUUCCCUUUUCUGUGCGUCUGUGGCCGGAUGAUUUGGGACUUGGUGUUCAAUACCCUGGGUGAUUGUGGGGCCUCACCACCUGGAUCGGGUGUGGGCAGGGCAGGGCUCUCCCGCAGCGUCGUCUGCUCUCCUGUGCCCUGGGCCUCUGUGCCUCCCCAAAGUGCCUGCUACUGUCUGAACGAGACGACCCAGAGAACCGGCAGCCAAAGAAUCCUCCAGUUGGGGAUCAGCACGGCAGAGCUGGUUCAGAUCCCCUCUCUGACCCCAGUGGGCUUGGCAUCUGCAUCAUCCACAUUCCUUCUGCUAAAUGCAUUGUCACACUCCCCUGCUGGGGCUCCUGGAGAGGAAGGAACCAGGCCCCCGGCCGCUGCCAGAUGUCCUCCGCUCACACCCCCCGAUCACCCUUGCUGCCGGAUGGCUGGGGAGAGCAGUCCCCUCCCACACGCUCUCCCCCAGCUGCCACAGCCUUUCCUCAGGCAAGUUUCUGCUUCCAGCUGUUGUGUGACAGAAGACCGUGACAACGGUGGGUUGACAGCACUCUGGUGGGCAGAUUGAGGUGGGCUUGGAAUGCCUGUUGUCAACCGAGAAACAAUUUCCUUUUCAUCCCUGUGGAGGUUCCACUUUCUGGGGUGAACAGGUACCACCCCACCCCUGGGUCCUAGGCCCACAUAUCCACUUGUUCUGCCAGAGGCUUCUGGGAACACCAGCACUUUAGCCAGGGUCUCCAUCAGGGGCACCAGGGCCCCACAGAGCCCAGCAUUUGGACUCCCCAGGCUGGCUCAGGGACCUCCCUUAGGUUGGGGGUCCAGCUGGUGUGGUUGGCUGGUCAGUAAAGAGUUUCCCCCCCGCCACCCUGUACUCAACCUGGACAGCUGGAGGAAUUCACUGUCACUUAAGGCCUUAACGCCACACCGUAACUCUUAAGCACAAUUUGAAUGUAAAUUUUAAGAAAAACAAUUGUUUUCUAGUCAUGUUUGGGUUGAUUCCCUUCCCCCCAGAAAAAAAGUGGCCAACAGCCCAAACCUUUCAACAGGAGAGAACAUGUCCCCGUUGCAGUCAAAACUGGGUUUGGGAUUUCUUUCAAGACUUUCCUGUCACUACUAAUCUCAUAUUUUAAAGGAAAUCUGUCUUAAGGGAAAGGGACAAAUGUCAUCGCUGGAAUUUAUUUUGUAUUCUCUUCAUGCUGCUGGGAAAGGUGACCCGAGGUAUGUCCUCGACUUACUCUGUCCAUCUGGUGGUCUCUCAGCUCCUCCCAGAUGUUUGGCAUUUUGUUGCCUUCUCUGAGGGAGAGCUUUCUUUUUUAAAAAAUGCCUCAAGGAUGUUGAGACUGCGGUGCCCCGGUGCCCACCCUCAGCACCUGGGGCAGCUCUCUCGUGCUCUAGGCAAGCAGUGUGCCAAGAGAUCCUUCUUGCCUUUGGGCAAAAGCUGCCCGCAGCUCUGAGCUGAGAUGCGAUGCCGUAAAUGAGAGAGUGAGGGGAUUCUCUUUGGGUCUUUUCUUGGGCAGAGGGAGGGAUGCAGGUCAGUGAUGUAACUCUCUUACUCAUUUCAUGUUUUUUUCUGUAUUCUCUCCUUCCCGUUCUUAAGGCAACAAGUGAUGUUUUACUAAUUAUUGUUACUCUUUUUUAAAUGGACAUACUAAUUUUUUGUAUUCUAUAAAUAACCAUUAAUAACAAUAAAGAUUAUUUCAAGCA